CAUCUAAUCAAGCAAUGGUCACAUUUCUAACCGUGCCCUGAAAUGCGACUUGUGUCCAACUGCUUGGUUGGACUUGUCGUGAAAACGGAAAAUAUUCGCGAUAGUGUGACCGGUGUGUUGGCGUAGCAUAAUAAUAUAUGUAUAUCUUCCAGUAAGAACUACUUUGGACCGUGAAGAAAUAUAGGUGAAAAAAUCCCAAUGAGUACCUACCACCCAUAUGUUUCGUAAUAUAUCAAUACGAUUACAAUACCUUAUAAUAAAAUUCAUUACUUAUUAUAUUUCAUAUGGCAAAUACUUGUUGCAAUAUUUAUACCAAUUAAACUGUAAUGGUUUUGUCUGGUACUUAAUAAGAUAUGCAAUAUGGUAAUACGCAAACAUUCAAAGUAUACACCAGUACCCUUAGUACGAGUUUGAGCUCACUAAAACUAUCAUAGUUUUCGAAUUGUAAAUUAUAUUUCUAUGCCCAUUUUGGUGAAAAGUAAACAAAUAUACUUAAAAUUUAUGAAGACGCAAAUGAUUUAAUGAUAGAAUAUAACCACUGUUUAUUUGUAUUGAAACGAAAAAAAUAAAAUCAGUACCCUUAGUACGAGUGCGAGCUCACGAAAACUAUCAUAGUUUUUGUAAUUGUAAAACUCGUACUAAGGGUACAGGGGGCAUAUCAUAAAUACUUUGAAUAAUAAAAUCAAAUUGGACCAAAGGUGAUGCGUGUAUUAACAUUUGCUAAUCCUACUGAAAAUAAAAGGAUUAAGUCUUCACAAAACAUAAUGUCGUGUAGCGACAAAAUAAAUCUAGAUAAAAAAAAAGGAAGGAAAAAUCAAAAGUACAGUAUAGGAAAUAUAUAUUUACAAGACAAAAUAUUUACAGUUUAACAAUUAAAAAAAAGGUAAGGUGUGUGUGAAAUGUGGGGUGUGAAUUGGAAGUGAUGAAGUGGGCGUGGGUUGUAGGCGAUCUUCAGGGGCGGCUUGAACGGUAGGUCGUGCUACAGGCAGAUGGACGGCGCUCCUUGGAGGCAGAAGCGCUUUUGUGCAGCCGUCUUAGUUCUUGGCCUGCCCUGGUGGUGGCUGGCGGCGCUGCUGGUAGUUUGGCCGGCGUAUAUCGGCCAGAGGCAGGCGUUGAUGUAACGGCAGGAGUCGGUAGAAAGGCGGGCUGAACCAGUUGGAGGCUGGCCGAAGAAGCUGGAGUCCAGGCGCAGUCCCACCGAUGAGGUUGCGAGUACGUGAAGAGUAGUAGAGUAUUAGAGUUAGGAAGUUGUUUAGAGAGCCAAUAGGUGCUAAAAAGCUUUGAGGUCUUUCUUGAGUACCGGGGCAGCCGGCCCCGGGACAAGGCCUUUUAUUAAUUUAGAGCUCGGUAGCGAGCUAUCAAAAGUUGAGUAGGCAACUUUUGCCGUAGAAUUGAAUGAAUGAUCAGGGAGUCUCGGCCUUUUAUAGGUGGCCUUUUAACCAUUUGAAUUUAGACACGGUUCGAAUCGAGCCAAAAAGAAUCAAAGUAGGUGGUCUGUGGAGGUUGAAUAGUCAUAGACAUAGUUGGAGAGAGUAUCCGUGUCAUGGGUAGCCAUGGCAACGGAUAAAAAACAUAAGGUUGUCAUAAAUGUCAAUAAAAUAAAUAAAUUAAAAAUAGAUAAAAUCGGAGCAAAAAUAAUGAAAUCAAAUAAAUAACAGAAUAAAGAGAAAUGCCGGUAAGUGUCCAGCACUCUGGAAUAGUGAUUUUCAGUACAGAAGAAAUUAUUAUACGUAUUUACAAAAUGAUGAAUAGUGUGUGAUAUUUUUGAAAUUAUGUGUUUCCAGGAAUAAAUAAUAAAAUAUAUGAUGAUGCCUGAUGAAUAUCGAUGAUGUUAUAUGAUAAAAUGUGCGAAAUAGAACCUAUGAUAGACGAAACCAUGGGAUGAUUAUUAAGACAAUGCUGCUAAGAAGACCAGGACUCCUACUCCUCUUCGGAACAGUAAUUUCUAUCUCAAGUGCCAUAGUUCCGGUGUCGACUGAUGAUAACGGGAUCUCACAAGUAUUAAAACGAGCUGUCAGGAACACCGGCGGAUCGCUCUACCCUAGGGCUACAGAGACUAGAGACUUAAGAAAUUUAAAUGGAAUAUGGAAUUUCAGAAAAUCCCCACCGAACCCUCUGUACGGAUAUUUGAAUGGAUGGCAAGAGCAAGACCUGUCAAAGACAGGUGCAGUAAUCCCGAUGCCUGUGCCUUCAUCUUACAACGACGUCGGCACAGACGCCGCGUUGCGAGACCACUUGGGCGUGGUUUGGUACGACAAAAGGUUCUACGUACCUCGCUGGUGGGCGGAGAACAAGCAACGCGUUUGGCUGAGGUUCAGCAGUGUCCAGUACAGUGCUAAAGUGUUUGUUAAUGGCAAAGAAGCUACCUCCCAUGAAAUUGGGCAUCUGCCCUUUGAGGUAGAGAUCACAGACUUUGUUAGUUAUAAUUGCAGCAACUUACUAACGGUCGUAGUGGAUAAUAUGCUGACUAGGAACACUGUUCCGCAAGAAAACGGGUAUGACUUCUUCAAUUACGCAGGAAUUCACCGCACAGUUUACCUGUAUUCCACUCCUCAAGUAUACAUUGAAGAUAUAGUCACGCAAACUGAUGUUCAAGGUUACACAGGUCUGGUGACUUACAACAUUACAUACAAGGGUGCUACCGAAGACGUGAAUUGUCUCGUGGAAAUCUUCGACAUGAAUGAGACAAAAGUAGGGGCGCUGCAAGCCUGCACCGGCCUUAUCGAUAUUGCAAACGCCAACCUCUGGUGGCCGUAUUUAAUGCACACAAAUCCAGGAUAUUUGUAUACGUUAAAGGUGACUUUAAUUGGAAGUGACGGUAGCUGCUUGGAUACAUAUAACGAAAGGAUUGGAAUUCGGGUGUUGAACUGGACCAAAACUGCGUUGUAUAUGAACAAUCAACCAUUGUACUUACGAGGUUUUGGCAUGCAUGAGGACUCAGAUUUCCGCGGUAAGGGCUGGGACCCAGUAUUAUGGGUCAGGAACUUCAAUUUGAUUAAAUGGAUCGGUGCUAAUGCUUUCCGUACGUCUCACUACCCGUAUGCUGAAGAAAUUUACCAGCUGGCUGACGAGCUGGGCAUCAUGAUCAUUGACGAAUGCCCAAGCGUCAAUGCUAAUUUCUACACUGAAGAAUUGUUGGCUAAACAUAAGCAAUCGUUAACGGAGAUGAUCCGCCGGGAUCGCAACCACCCGAGCGUAAUCAUGUGGUCGGUCGCCAACGAGCCCCAGGCCUGCGGCGGCGAUAAGAUGUGCCACCUUUAUUACAGUAAAAUUGUGCAGCAUGUCAAGGACGCAGAUCUUUCAAGAGCAGUCACCUUUGCACUUGCGGAUCCAAGGGACGUCAUUGGCGAACACAUGGACAUAAUCAGCUUCAACCGCUACAACGGCUGGUACCAAGACACCGGCGUCAUCAACCAGAUCGCGUCGAAGGUGUACAACGAGAGCUUCAACUGGCAUCUAAAGUACAACAAGCCGGUACUGAUGUCGGAGUACGGGGCUGAUACUGUCAGUGGAUUGCAUACUCUCCCAGAGUUUGUGUUUUCCGAAGAUUACCAAGUGGCGCUGAUGUCGGAGCACUUCAAAGCUUUCGAUAAAUUAAGACAAACAGGUUUCUUCAUUGGCGAGUUCAUUUGGAAUUUCGCUGAUUUUGCAACCAAACAAGGUAUAACCAGGGUGGGGGGCAACAAGAAGGGUAUCUUCACGCGCGCGAGACAGCCUAAAGCGAGCGCGCACCACCUCCGCGCGCGGUACAUCGCGCUCGCGGCCGCCGACGCCGGCGUGCCCGCGCCCCCGCCGCACUACUACGUGGCCGAUAACAAGCCCGCGCGACACCACGAACUGUAG